UACUCACUUUGUUGCUUUGCUGACUAGCGGACCGUGGGCGCGUUAGAAUGCACUUGAAGUCAACAAAAAAAACGAAAAGAAAUUUACAAAAAUGUAAAAAAAAUAACAAGCAAUUCGUUAAUGCUGCUGUAUAGUGAAAUAGAUGUCUGUCUCUCUAGUCGUAAUCAGACUUGAGCUUUCGGAUGAUUGUGAGGCUCCACAAGGGUUUCAAUUCACAGCUCCAGGUUUCACCAUUAGCUCAGUUAUGUCAUCAGAUGGCCACUAUGAUAAAGAAAGCCGAAAACAAAAAAGUAGUGAUCGCAAGGGUGUAGAGGGCACACACUCCACAGGUAGCCCAGCAGAGAACGCAGAGAAAGGAACUUCAGCCAGUGGUGUGCUGGAGAUCAAUAUAGGAGGAAGGUCAAACCAGGAUAUCAAAAUUGAAACCCUUUCAAGAGAUUCUGAUAAGACAGAGGUUUCCCAAAGUGAGGAUAAUACAGAAACAGAUGCUACCAAUAAAAAGUCCAAGUGGAUGGGAAAAAUUGGAUUUUUCUCUGGAAACCCAUCUGUUGAGACUGUCAAAGGGUUUCUACACAUCUACAAAAACAAUGAGAUGACUUCUUUGAACCAAGGGAUCUCCAGAAGUCAAACUAUAUGCAUGCUUGCAGUUCCCGCCAAACUGACAUGCAUUGAUCUACUCCAGUUUGUUGCCCCGUCAGAAGAGUUUAUAGAAAACAUCAAGAUAAUAAGAGAUGCAUCUCCAAAUCAGUACAUGGCUUUAAUCAAGUUUAAGAACCAGGAACUUGCAGAUGAAUUCUACAAUACCUUUAAUGGACAGCAAUAUAAUUCCUUUGAAGAAGAGGUGUGCCACCUUGUGUAUGUAGCCAAAGUCGAGAUUGUCAAGUCCUCAGAGGGUGCAAGUCUUGCAUGCCCUGGCCUUACAGAGCUCCCAAAAUGUCCUGUCUGCUUGGAAAGAAUGGAUGAAUCUGUUGAGGGGGUCCUGACGAUUCUUUGUAAUCACUCUUUCCAUGGUAGCUGUUUGUCAAAAUGGUCAGACACCACCUGCCCAGUAUGCAGAUAUCUUCAGACUCCUGAGACUACAACAGAAAAUAAGUGCUUUAUGUGUGACUCUAGAGAGAGCUUGUGGAUCUGUCUCAUCUGUGGGCAUAUCGGAUGUGGGCGGUACCAGAGUUCACACGCCUAUCGGCAUUUCGAGGAUACCAACCACACAUAUUCACUCCAACUUGGGACCCAGAGAGUAUGGGACUAUACAGGAGAUAACUAUGUCCACCGUCUGGUACAGAAUAAGACAGAUGGCAAAUUGGUCGAGUUUGGUCCGGGAGAAAGACAAGUGGGGGAUGAUGAAAAGCUGGAUUCACUAACGCUUGAGUAUACGUAUCUAUUGACGAACCAGCUGGAAAACCAGAGACUGUAUUUCCAGGAAAAAGUCACAAGAAUUGAGACCGAGGCGGCAGCACAGGUUGCUGAGGAAGAGGAACGUUCCAAGAAAACUCUGGAGGAAUGCAAGAAGUUGGAGAUGAAACUGGCAGAUUGCGAGAAAGAGAAACGCAAUUUUGAGAAAAAGUACAACCAGGUUGUGGGUAAAGUUGGGAAGCUUGUAAAUGAGCUCAAGGAGGAAAAGGAGCUGAACAAGUGUCUGCGUGAGAAUCAAGCCGCAUGGCAAGAGAAAGUGAUCGAGAUUGAAAACAAGUUUCAAGAAUCUGAGAAAAUUCGCACGACAGAAGUUCGAGAGCUACAAGAGCAGGUCGCUGACCUAAUGCAUCACCUGCAGGCUCAAGAGGCUAUUGCAUGUGCACCACAGGAAACCCGACAGGAACUACAGGAAGGUCAGAUGUUUGUUGGUGAAGGUUCAAGUUCGCAGAACCGGAAACCGAGGCGAAAACACAGAUGACCGAACGCGAGCAUCAAUUACCCAGCAUGCAAUCUGCGAGUGUGGUAGACUAUCAGCACAUUUCCCCUUGUUGCGUCUCUGUUAUUUCUCAUUCUUGAACAAACGAGAUUGCGAAAGAACAGAGACACGACCAGAUAAGUGAACUGAUCGAAAGAAACAUAAAGAAAGCUCUGCUAGCAGGGUAGCAAGCAUUCGGUGGAUCACAAAGAUGCAACACGAUGCUUAUAUAGCAUAAUACUUGGUUUCCAAAUCCUUUGCCAUACCAGGAAGGGUCACUAGGGUGAACAAGUGCUGUGAUUGGGGCACACCCCUCACUUUGCGCGGGAAGACGACUAUAGGCUAUGCGUAGUCAUAGAGCAUCAAGUUUGUAGACGCACAUGACAUCCUUCAGACCUCAAAUUGCAGGCGCGUGCGUACCCAGGAUUGGCUGAGGGGGGGUGGGGGGGUUGCACAGUCAUAGGUAUCAUAUGGAAAAAGCAUAGCAUUUGAAGAUUCCUUUUAAUAAGAAAUGACCCACUUUUCGGCCGCCAUAGGGGGGGUGCGCACCCCCCUGUAUACGCGCCUGAAAUGUGUUACUUUCCAAGCAGUGGGGCAAGAACCCCGUUUGCGUGGACCUCUGAUUAAGAAGUUAUAAAUCAGUUCGAGUUAGCGGAGGACCGUUUGAGGAAAAUAAAUAUUACCUGUGCCAUAGUUUGUACAAAUGAAACAAUAAUAAAGAUCCAAAAUAAGAAUCAAA